UGACAGUUGUAACAAUAACCCUACACGUAGGUGUCCCUAAUAAAGCGACUUAAGCCGCAUGCGUGCAUGCGGCGGCCACCGUAGGACAUGGCGGCCGUCGAUGAGGAGGUUGCGCGCGCACGUCGGCAACGCGGGGGCGGGGCCACGUCACGACAUCUAUUUUCUCGCUUACCUCACAUCUCGGAGGUGGAUAAAAAGACCGAGAGAAAUUAGUGGUGGACGUGCUGAGCUUCACCAAGACGCAACGUAAACUUCAGUCUGUUUUCAGCCGAGAAACAGACGCGAGCGCUGACGGGCGGCGAGGGAGUCCGGCAAGGCCAACUCGGCAGCAGCUUCUCCUUCCGAGGAAAAAAGGAGGAAAACGAUGGAAGGACAGCAGUCGCAGGGCAAGCAGGUGACGGGCUACCUCCUGUUCUCCCUGACGACGGCCGUCAUAGGCUCGCUGCAGUUUGGAUUUAACACGGGUGUCAUCAAUGCGCCUGAACAGAAACUGCGCUCGUUCUUCAACGACACGUGGCUGGAACGCUACGGCGAGCCCAUCGACGCCGGCGUCUGCACGGUGGUGUGGAGCGUCACCGUGGCCAUCUUCAGCGUGGGCGGCAUGGUGGGAUCCUUCAGCGUGGGGGUCAUGGCCGACCGUUUCGGCAGGAGGCGCUCCAUGUUCCUAGUCAACAUCCUGGCGCUGAUCGGCGGAGGCCUCAUGGGGCUGUCCACCACCUGCGCGUCCUACGAGAUGGUGAUCGCCGGGCGGCUGGUGAUCGGGCUCUUCUGCGGACUCUUCACCGGAUUGACGCCCAUGUACGUGGGCGAGCUGUCGCCCACCCCGCUCAGGGGCGCCUUCGGGACACUGCACCAGCUGGGCGUGGUCGUCGGCAUCCUCUUGGCUCAGAUUUUGGGUCUGGAGGGAUUGCUGGGUUCUUCGCGUCUGUGGCCGCUGCUUCUGGCGCUGACGGUGGCGCCGGCAGUGCUGCAGUGCCUCAUGCUCCCCUUCUGCCCCGAGAGCCCCCGCUUCUUGCUCAUCAACCUCAAGCAGGAGGAGCAGGCGCGCAAAGCUCUGGUUCGUCUGCGCGGCAACGAAGAUGUAAGUCGUGACCUUCAGGAGAUGAAGGAGGAGAGCAGCAAGAUGGCCCUGGAGAAGAAAGUGACCAUCCCGGAGCUCUUCCGCUGCCCGGCGUACCGCCAGCCGCUGCUCAUCGCCGUCAUGCUGCAGCUGUCGCAGCAGCUGUCCGGCAUCAACGCCGUCUUCUACUACUCCACCGGCAUCUUCGGCUCGGCCGGCGUUAAGCAACCCAUCUACGCCACCAUCGGCGCCGGCGUCGUCAAUACCGUCUUUACCGUCGUCUCGCUGUUCCUUGUGGAAAAGGCGGGUCGGCGGACGCUUCACCUCCUGGGUUUGGGCGGGAUGGCGGUGGCCGCUCUCCUCAUGACCAUCUCGCUGCUGCAGAAAGAGGUGGCCGGCAUGAGCUACGUGGCCAUCUUGGCGGUGAUGGUGUUCGUGGCCAUGUUCGAGCUGGGCCCGGGUCCCAUCCCCUGGUUCAUCGUGGCCGAGCUCUUCUCACAGGGACCGAGGCCCGCCGCCAUGGCCGUGGCCGGCUGCUGCAACUGGACCUCCAACUUCCUCGUCGGCAUCAGCUUCCCCAAACUAGAGGAAUUAUGCGGCCCGUGGGUUUUCCUCAUCUUCCUGGCCUUCCUGCUCCUCUUCCUGGUCUUCACCUUCUUCAAAGUCCCGGAGACCAAAGGCAAAACCUUCGAUGAGAUCGCCCGCAGUUUCGGCGGAGGCGCCGCCCCUCCCGCCUCGCCCCCGGAGGAUCCCCGCCCCCUGGCGGCCGCUGCCACGCCCCAGGAUAACAACAAGGAGAAGACAAAGGAGGACGUCCCUCUGACGGAGACAACUGCGGACGCCGCCAGCGAGUCCGCACCCCUCACAGAAAAGUCCAUCACGGUCGAGAGCGUUUAGACUUUUUCCGUAGCCCACAUUCAAUCGACAUUCCGCCAAAAAUGGGAGGGGCCACGAUCGGCCGGGGAGGCGCGGCCGUCUUUUCGGAAUAUUUUCGUGCGUGUGUAACUUUGUAAGAAUAUUGUAGCCACAAGCUAAAGCGUUGGGAAGGGCGGGGCAUCGUUUUGCCACCCUGAUGCUAAUGCUAACAUCGUGUGCUUGCUAAUGUUGUCACUCGUUACCAUAGCAACCACUCACCGUGUUCAGCAGUAUUGCGACAUUAUUAUCGAUGGCUUCUGGGGAAAGGAGUUCCUUAACUUUUCUUGACGCCACAGCGCCACAUUGUGCUUUUUUUUCCCAAUUUGAUCGAAAUCAGGAGUGUCAAACUCGCAUAUUGAACUCAUUGGGCUGCCAAUGACUGUGAGGGGCGAAUGAAUGCUACACAAGGGCCGCCACGGUUGACUAACCGACUAUUUUGAUAGUCAAAAAAUCGUUUAAGAGACAUUGUUGAUGUCAAAAUUGUCCAAAUCCUCUUUAUUUUAAGCCUCUUGAUAACAACUUUCUUCAAUUUCCAUUUUAAUUUCCUUUGUAAAAAGGGUAAAAAUAAAUAUGAAUUUUAAAAGUAUUUUUUUAUGUAAAAAAGGUAAAAGAAUAUUCUCUUUUUUUUUUAUUUUGCAUGCAAGCAGAUUCAUUUGUAUGCUGACCCACUUACCUCAUGAGGGUCUGAGGGGGUGCUGGAGCCUAUCCCAGCUAACAAAGGGAAGGAGGUGGUGGUGUGUAAGCAAAUCUCCUUGGCUACAAUGAUUAAAUCAAAGGUCAUUCAAACUCCCGGUUUCAUCACGAAAUUAAAGUGAUCACUUAACAACAAACUAAAUAGUAUACCUUUUAAUAACUUUUUAAUUGAAACAAAUGGAACAGUAACUGAAGAAAUA